AUGUGCGAUCGCCUACAUGAUCGGUACUUGAAGAAGCAUCACAAAAUAAGCCGCGCUUUUGGGGAAUUCUUGCUCAAGUCCAAGUGCCAGUCGAGCGAUCUCGGCAGCACUUCCUUCUGUUGCCGGGAUCCUCCCAGUCCGGAUGGCCUCAUCAAACAUUGGAGGGCCCAGCGGUUGGGUCUCGAUCAGUGCGGAACCGUUCCUUUCGGGGGUAAGAUUCUCGAAGGCCAGGAGGCCGGUCUGGGACAGUAUCCCUGGAUGGUCAACCUGAUGUACUACUUACGCAAAAUAAAAACAUCGAUUUGCAGUGGUUCAUUGAUCCACCCUGUGUACGUCCUGACGUCAGCGCAUUGUUCCAAGCGUGGUGCCAAGCCCGUAUCAGUGCGAUUGGGAGAAUACGACCGCAGCACGAGAAUAGACUGCGAAGAUGGUGUAUGUGCCACACCCUUUAAAGAAUACUACGUAGAUGAAUGGAUUCCACACGAGUACUAUCGCCAUGGACAUAGGACUCAUGAUAUCGCUCUAAUACGGUUGGACCGCCCUGUCCCGCUAGUACCUCGCCAGAUCUACCCGAUUUGCCUUCCGCUGACGGAGCAAAUGUUGAUGACGAAGCCGAGUCAGCUGACCGUGACCGGAUGGGGACUAACGGAAGAACAAACCCAAUCCAAUGUGCUACAGGAAGUCAGUCUGCAGGUCAUGGGCACUUCCGAAUAUUGCCAGCACGCAGAGCUGAUAUGCGCCCGGGGAAGGAACAACGAAGGACACUGUCGAGGAGACUCGGGUGGGCCUCUGCAGAAGGUGAUGCCUUAUAAUGGAAGCUUCAAAACCGUUUUGUUUGGAGUGGUUUCUGGGGGUUCGGUUGAAUGUAGCACACAGGAUAAAACUCCCGGGGUAUCGACCAUGGUUGGGUAUCACAUCAGGUGGAUACUUGAUCAUAUGAAAUACGUGUAA